AAGCAUUUAUGGCUUUUACCACAACCCCGGAUUCGAAAUACUGGACAACACAAUUUUGAUAUUUAAAUAUUACACGUUUCCAACAGAUCGGAUGCAUUGUCCUUCUAUCUCAAAGGGUGUUUGCUCUCCAUCAUACAAUUAACGUGAGACCGCGAAUUACAGCAUUUUACCACAUAGAUUUUGCUUACAAUUUAUUGCAACAAGAUUUCUGUCCGUUUUUACACUACAUGAAAUCCCCUUUAACACCUGAUUUCAUCCCGUCGGUUUCCUCAACAGCUGUGUUGUACCAGUGUGAUGCUACAAUAUGUAAAUGUACUGCCGGUUUCAGGCUGUGUCUGUUUUGUGUGUGUUUGUAUAACUGCGUGUUUGUGCUCGCGGUGUGAGGCGGAGAUGCUGAUUUCUGCACAGAAUGUCAAUUUGCACAUUCGCUGGCUGCAGACUUGACUUCAGCAUCCAUGUGGAAACCACACACUCUCUCUCCCCCUCAGCGUGCGACUCUCUCUCUUAUUUAACACUCACACAGGGAAGGCUGUAAUGCGCGGAGCCGGCAGAGGUAUGGUGUGUGCCUGCAGGAGUAGCGGACCUGAGCCUCACGGAAUUUUCAUUUGUAUUACUACUAGUCUCUGUUGUUGCUUUCCAGCUCUGUGUGGGCUAAGCGCCGGUACCGGUACUCCACACCGCGAGAGGUUCGGGGUUCUGACUGCGGGAGCCUUCCGUAGAGUUGGCCGGAAGGCGAAAAAACAAACUACAUUUUUUAAAAACUAAAUGCCCCGCAACCGUACGCCCGUAACCAGUUUUUUCCAGGCUCGCUGGACACAACCGAGGCAGGACGGUUUCUUUGACGAGGAAAGGGAAGUCGAAAUGAGGUCCGUUUGAAAGAAACUGGGGGUCUCAACUUCCCAGACCAACGGAACCCCCCCGUUUUUCGCUCAGCGUUACACUACAGCUGCUGAGCUCGGAAUACACUCGACCAGACGGUAUUUUUUUAACUGUGUGGACCCGGUUUUGACCCGCGACUGUCUGCCUGGUUUAAAACAGAGCGCCCGGCGGCGGAUCCGGACUGACACACCUGUUCGACACCACCACAGACAGUGGCCUCGCGACGCCCUCCAAUCGCAGCCGGGAUCCAGUGGAUCGCUGCAGGACACCUCUCUAGUGGCGAAGGGAGAAACCGAUCUGCGAUGCCGUGGUGUGAGAGCUGUUAUAGGAGAUUGAAGUGAAGGGAUUCGGGUCCGACUCGUAACAGAGCUUUUAGUCACAGGUGUCUACAGGAGGUGCCUGUCCCUCUCCCCCGCUCUCUCAGUCCAGUUGCCCCAUGGGGACUCUCAGGGACCUGCAGUACGCCCUCCAGCAGAAGAUCGAGGAGCUGCGGCAGAGGGACGCCCUGAUUGACGAGUUGGAGCUGGAACUGGAUCAGAAGGAUGAACUCAUCCAGCGGCUUCAAGGCGAGCUGGACCGGUACCGUAGUUCCCGGCCCAGUCCCGGCCCCACCCCUCCUGAUGAGCCCCUCCGCACCAAGAGACAGGCCAUCUCCGCUGAGCCCACCGCGCUGGACCCACAGGACCUCAGCCACGGGAAGGUGGAGGUGACCAAGGAUGGGCUGAAGCUGUGCUCCAUGGGCCCGGGGAAGGUGUUUGGGGAGCUGGCCAUCUUGUACAACUGCACCCGCACUGCGACUGUCACAGCACUCACCCACAUCAAGCUGUGGGCGAUAGACAGGCAGUGCUUCCAGACCAUCAUGAUGCGGACAGGCCUGAUCAGACACACCGAGUACAUGGAGUUCCUCCGCAGUGUGCCUUCCUUCCAGUCCCUGCAGGAGGAUGUCCUCAGUAAGGUGGCCGAUGUCCUUGAGGAGACGCAUUACAGCGAGGGCGACUACAUCAUCCGCCAAGGCGCCAGCGGUGACACCUUCUUCAUCAUCAGCAAGGGCAAGGUGAAGGUCACACAGCAAAAGGCUGCCAAUGAAGAGCCGGCCUUCCUGUCCAGUCUGUCUCGUGGAGAUUGGUUCGGGGAGCAGGCGCUGAAGGGGGAGGACUUGCGGACAGCCAAUGUGAUCGCCGCAGAGGAGGUGACGUGUCUGGUCAUCGACAGAGAGUCCUUCAGACAGCUGAUUGGCGGCCUGGAGGAUGUCACUAACAGAGUGUACGACAGCGCUGAAGCCAAAGCCAAGAUAGAGGCAGAGACAAACUUCUUCUCCAGUGUGUCGCUGUCUGAUUUUCGGAUCAUCAGCACUCUGGGUGUUGGGGGCUUUGGUCGCGUGGAGCUGGUGCAGCUCAAGAGUGAUGAAACACGCUCCUUCGCCAUGAAGGUGCUGAAGAAGAGACACAUCCUGGACACCCGGCAGCAGGGGCACAUUUUGUCCGAGCGCCGCAUCAUGCAGGAAGCUCACUGCGAGUUCAUUGUCAGGUUGUAUUGCACCUUUAGAGAUGCCAAGUACCUUUACAUGCUGAUGGAGGCCUGCUUGGGUGGGGAGCUGUGGACUCUGCUGAGAGACAGGGCCUCGUUCGAUGACGGCACCACCCGGUUCUACACGGCCUGCGUCGCCGAGGCGCUGGCGUACCUGCACUGCCGCGGAAUCAUCUACCGGGACCUGAAGCCCGAGAACAUCCUGCUGGACCAGCGCGGAUACGCCAAACUGGUUGACUUUGGCUUUGCCAAGAAGAUCGGCUUUGGGAAGAAGACCUGGACGUUCUGCGGCACUCCCGAGUACGUGGCCCCGGAGAUCAUCCUGAACAAGGGCCACGACGUGUCGGCCGACUACUGGUCCCUUGGCAUCCUCAUGUUCGAGCUGCUGAGCGGCAGCCCCCCCUUCUCCGGCUCUGACCCCAUGAAGACCUACAACAUCAUCCUGCGUGGGAUCGACAUGGUGGAAUUCCCCAAGAAGAUCACCAAGAACGCAGCCAACCUCAUUAAGAGGCUCUGCAGGGACAAUCCCUCCGAGAGGCUUGGAAAUCAGAAGAACGGAGUCAAAGACAUCCAGAAACACAAGUGGUUUGAAGGAUUCAACUGGGAAGGCAUUCGGAAAGGCACUCUGACCCCGCCCAUUCUGCCCAGUGUCAGCGGCCCGCUGGACACCAGUAACUUUGACUGUUUUCCCGAUGACCCUGAGGACCCGCCCCCCGACGAGGAGUCUGGCUGGGACAAAGAGUUCUGAGUUGCGCAGUGUGUGACAGCCUUUCUCCAGAUCGGACAGCUGGGAGGAAAAAACAGCAAAGGCUGGCAUGAAAGACCAGAACCUACUGGUCACCACCACUGACCUCUGUUAUCAGACUGGGUUUUAUAGAGCAAUUCUCAACUCUUGAGUGAUGCAGGAAAGGACAAUAAUUCUAUCUACUCCUCUAGGGGGCGCUGUUUGAUAUGGGAACUGGAAGACAAGAUUUUUUUUUAGAAUAUGGGAAUGGUUUCAUUAUUUUAGAAUGAUUCCUCAGCUCUUAGAUAUGGCGUUUUAACACUUUUAGUAACAAGUAGUCUGAAAAUUGUGCUACAGAAAUUUAGGUUUCUAAUAGAAGGCAGGAAUUGAAUACCUGCAGCAGUCUGAGAGACUGUAGGUUUAGUUGAAUGACUGAAGGGCUGAAUGACUGAAGGGCUAACAAACUGACCACAGAACUGGCAGAAUCAGAGGCUUUUUAAACAGGUAUGCUGCUACUACCAUCAGACUGUAUACUGGGGAAAUUCUGGUGUAUUUAUUAGACUGGGUUUUCAGUGUGUGUUUCUAAAAUUGAGAAAGGAAAUGAAGAUAUCAAAAAUGAUAUCAGUCUGACUGUCUCCUCAUUUGCAGUGUGUAUGAGUGUGCUUGUGUGGCGAGGGAGAAGAUAAACAGGGUUACUGUAGGCUUCCUUCUCAAGGCUCUCCAGCGAUUGUUUAACUUGUUUAGUGCACUGUGGAGCAAAUCACAUUGUUUUCCCAAAGACCUCCAGUGACACAGCCGGUGUGGGAGUGCAGGAUCCACACCCCCCUCCCACACACCCACACCUUGAUUUCCAGCAGUGAUGUCAUCCUCCUCCCACCCCCUCUGGUGGGCCCCACUCUCAUUCGCAUUCUGCGUACUGAGUCUCAGAUACAGCAAGUGACACUCCAGUGCAGAACAGUCCAGGUCUGCCCGCAGUACAGUAUAUCUUUCCACUGCCCAUCGCCAGUAAGUCUCUGGCUGACUGGUUCCUGAAAGAAAGAGUGAAAUGAUCACCCUGUGCUGUAUCUGUUCUCUCAGUUAGCCAUGUGUGUGGAGUGCAGGGACUCUCUUCCUGAUCAGCUGUAGUCUUUUUACUGCACAUAAGGAAACUGCAGGCUACAGCAAGCAGUUGGAAUGUGGCUGCAGUGGCUGAAUGGUUUCAGUAUUCCUGGGGACAGUGGACAGUGGACAGUGGGCAAUGCUUUGGCCUGAAGGCAGCCCUGGUUUAAAAGACUCUCCUAGGAAACCACUGUUGUUUCAGGGGGUCCUCCUGCAUGGCUCCCCCUUUCUCCUUCCCUUCCUGUCAGUCCUGUGAGCCAAGCACCUGUGUGUGAGAGGGACCCCUUUGCGAUCUGACACCCAAAGGAGAAGAUACAAAGAGUAGGGGGGGGGGCUCUCCUUUCCCCUGUGCUCUUCCCCCAGGGGGUGCGAGUGCAAGCCGGAGGGAGGGGUACCUCAUCUUCCCUGCACACUCUACAGUCCCAUCUGAGGGGUGUCACGCAGGUGAGGGGGUAUCCAGAAGGCCUGGCUGUCUGGACCGAGCGUACGAGCCGCAGGCUGGACUGUGUUGUUGUGUGCAUUUUGUAAAACCCUGACGUCUCUUUCCAACUGCUUUCACUAUGGCUCCUCAUCCGCCGUUUCUGCACUACGAUGAAACCAGCCUCAGCUAUUACUGCUCUGCACUGGAACAAUCUGGAACAAUCGCCGCGACCUCACGAGCUUUCAUGGGAGCUGGACAUUUUUCUCAGUCCUUCUUUUGCCGUGAGCUAUGGGAAGAGGGAGAGGGACUCAUGGGAGAAAACCUGGCACCCGGCACAACGGAAUUCCAGGACAGCGGCUUUUUUAUUGGCCAUAUUGGCAAAUGAGGAAACUUUAUUGGCUUGGCCAUCUCCUUCUCUGUUCGACAGCAGGUAGGUGAAGACCAGGGUCCCCUUACAGGCCAAAAUGACCAGGAUCCAACAUCUGGAGUGACACUCCUAUCAGAUCAGGAGCUUACAGCCAACAGAACCCGCUCAGCAGAACUGGGCCGGUUGCCCUGAACCCACUCCCUACAGAACCCUUCUGCAGCACAGAGCCCUGCCAGCACCCUGCCUGUCUGCUCCUGCAGACAAAGACGGAUCUCGACACAAAGGUGACGUUUACGGUACAGAAAACACCCGACCGCUAUUGAUCCCUAAAAAGAGAUGUUUAACUGUGUCAGUGGUCGAAAUCCAAGAGCGACACACUGAGCUCACAGAAUACAAUCUGGGAUGGCCAGAGAGGACCGGCUGCGUGCUCACUGUGAGCAGGGACUUGACUCGAACAUGCACUUCCUGCUCACCUGCCCUGCAGUCUCACACAGGUCUCUGACUCUGACCAGCUCCACACCCCGCUAGGAGAGGAGAUAGGCUUCGAAG